AGGCAUACAUGCUGAAGCCAAAAAGGAAACAAGAAAACAUAAGGCACAUUUUCUCUCUUUUUCUUUUACAAUUCAAUUGCCCCCUUUUCCCUAACACUUUUAAUUCCCGCACGUAUUUAUCCUUUCUAUCUCUACUUUUUCCACAACCACAUCACGACGACGAGCAUUUCCCUUCCCUUCUACAUUAUUAAAAUGACUCAGAUUCACGACAAGGCGGUGGGAGCAGCUCUCCUCGGAAUUGGCUCGCUCUGGUACGCCAUUGCGCUUCCCGUGUUCCUCCUCAUUGUCGGCGUCACUGCCAUCUUUGGCUUCUUGUCCUUUAUUAUGCUAAAGUCUGCCAAAAAGGCUGCCAAAAAGGCCACCUAAACCCAGCACUUUUUUCGCUUCUAUUUUGUUGAAUAUACAC